AUGCAUCUACGCUACAAAAAGGUCGUGGAGUGCAGUGACCUACAACUGGUGAGCGGCGCAUGUGACCCCUAUGUGACGGUGACGGCGUGUUUCAGCAACAAGCAGGACACGCGAAAGACGCGCGUGCGCAAGCGCACCGUCAGCCCACAGUACGACGACACGUUCGUCUAUGAGGUUCCGAGCGAGUGGGAUUGUUCACGCGACGCCCUCUCCGCCAACCUAGCAGAGCUGAGGGUUGCCGUGUGGCACGCGAACACAACAUCGAUGAUGGGGAACGUGUUCAUGGGCGAGAUCAAGCUGAGACUGAGUAACUUCGGCGACGACCUUUGCAAAGGUCACGACUCCUGGUAUCUACUGCAGCCCAGGGAGGAAUCUCUAACUGCUAGGCCAACGCUAGGGUACCUGCGGCUCAACAUCUGGUACCACGCCGACCAUGUGUUCAAUACUAGUCAAUACUACUCGCCACUCAGGAACCUACUGCUGAAGUCUGCUUCCGUCAACCCGAUCACCUCCAGUGCCGCCUACAUACUAGGCGAGUGCGUCCCGAACAAGAUCGAUGCGGCGGCUCCUCUAGUCAGGGUAUAUCUCCAUGGACACAACAUCGUUCCACUCAUCAACAGACUUGCUGACAAAGAGAUAUCGAAAGCAACGGAUCCGAACACGCUCUUUCGUGGCAAUUCUCUCGUGUCGAAGUGCAUGGACGAGUUGAUGAGGAUCGCCGGCCUCCACUAUCUCCACGACACUCUAAAACCGACGCUGGAUGAGAUUAUCAUGGAACGGAAACCUUGCGAGAUCGAUCCGCUGAAGCUGCGAGACAUCGAGAAUUUGGAUGGCAACAUGGCCAACCUGAAGUCGUACGUGCAGAAGAUCCUGGACGCAGUAGUCAACUCGUCGCUCGUCUGUCCGAAUGUGAUGUCACAGGUGUUCUGCGGUCUCAAGCAGGCGGCCAUCCGUCGCUUCCCAGACAGCAAAGAGGUGCGCUACCUGGUGGUGAGCGGCUUCAUCUUCCUGCGAUUCUUUGCUCCGGCACUGAUGUGUCCCAAGCAAUUCGAGCUGACCACCGAGGUUCUUGAUUCACAGACUGUUCGUACUCUGACGCUCAUCUCGAAAACCAUUCAGAGUAUUGGAAACAUUGUCAGUGCGAAAUCGCUUCACCAUCCAUUCAAGGAGAGUUACAUGAUGGAAAUUCAUCGAACAUUUAUGGAUACCGAGCACAUAGAAGCCGUUAGAAAUUACCUAGAUGUGAUAUCGUCAGCAUCACGCACACACGUGAAGGGCAUAGAAACACCUAUUGUCCUUAAGGAAGGAGUGAUGGUGAAGAGAGCACAAGGUCGAAAACGCUGGGGUGUCAAAAAUUUCAAGAAAAGAUUUUUCUGCUUGACAAACGAAAGCUUAACGUAUUCAAAAAGCAAAGGCCAGUCACCAUUGUGUACGAUUCCAAUAGAAAACAUAAGAGCAGUCGAGCGGCUUGAGGAGGAUUCGUUCAAGAUGAAAAAUAUGUUCCAGAUCGUGCAGGACCAGCGGCCGCUGUAUAUCCAGGCGGGGAACUGCGUCGAGGCGAACGAGUGGAUCAAGAUGCUUGCCAAGGUUUCGCAGACGAAUAAGAACCGCCUGCGCAUGUACCACCCAGCUGCCUACCUCAACGUCCACUGGCUCUGCUGCAAGGAGAAGUGUGAGGAUUCGCCCGGCUGCACUCCGGUCACGGGUGGUCUCGCCGCCAACAUCAAGGUCAGCAUCGACGUCGACCGCGAGAUCGAGCGCAUACACUCGCUCUUCGUCGAGAACAUGGAGAAGCUGGAGCGCAUGCUCGAGGCAUGCGAGUCGCAGGCAGUUUACAUGGGUGACAGGAGAGUGCGUCCAGACAUCAAUGUCGAAGAUCCAAAGUCGUGCUUCGAGACUCUCAACGACAUCAUAUCGCACGUCAUCAGAUUGGAGCAGGAGCACAAGCAGCAUCAGAAGGCGUUGUUCCAGUGCACCAAAUACGGUUCCAAGCAAGCGCCGAUCGGCGACGACAACUACCUGAUGAUGAGGGAGGCCCACCACUCGAACGACAGCGACCUCAAGCUCGACGUGCGGUGAUGGCGGCACCACCAGGCCCCCACCCCCUCCCCCGCCGCCGAUGCCGCCAGGGAUCGCACGUGCGUCGGAUGCCGCAGAAUUGUCCCAUCGAGACACGAGGCGUGUCUCGCCCGGGCGUGAAUACGCAGCGAACGCCCGUCCAGCUGUGGAUCGGCAGGACCAUUCUCUGGUUGACCAAAGCGAACGUCCACUCGGGGACGGUGUACAUAUACGCGCGUGCGCGCGUUUGCUCGCAUGCUUAACUAUCUCCCCAUAUCGUACCAUUCCAGCUUUUUUUUUUUAAACGUGAAAGAUCCUGUGAUCGCGAUGUACGUUUUGUUAUUGUUGUGGCGAGAGUACGACUUCUUGUUGUGCGACCUGCGUAUACUCUGCCGUUAGCGUGGACCAUUGUUAAAUAGAAGUUAUAUAAAACCUGCGCUCUCAUGCUUGCCCCGAUUUUAGCCGAGUGCGGGUGAUGUGUCGUAUGCGCAGAUUAUAUACGGUGUACGUAGACAUACACUUAUUAAUUGUUACCGUACUACAACGUAGGUUAUAGAGUCCCAGUAUAAGUGCAAUUAUUUGACCAUCUGCACAACGAAGCAUUGUUGGUAUAUGAUCGUUAGUAGGAUACGAGAAAUGGAAGAGCAAGAAUAAUGGGUGUGUGUGUGUGUUGUCCCCUGCAGUACAAUUACGAUCGUUCAGUUUUGAAUAGGUACAAUUAGGAUCGUUCAGUGUGGCAUCAUUCCUCCUUUUUAUCCUCUCGAACAAAUUAUUGGCUUCGAAGAGAAUGCAUAUCUACAAGAUAGAGAACUAGAGGAAGAGAAAGAGAAAGAGAUAGAAAGAUCCUACCUUGAUCUGAUCUUAAAUAUAACAUGCUUGUAACUGCUACUGACACACUAGAAUUCUUAAGCUAAACGUGCUUGUAAAUGCUGCCUCUACACUAGAAUUCCUAAGCUAAACGUGCUUGUAAAUGCUGCCUCUACGCUAGAAUUCCUAAGCUAAACGUGCUUGCAACUGCUGCCUCUACACUAGAAUUCCUAAGCUAAACGUGCUUGCAACUGCUGCCUCUACACUAGAAUUCCUAAGCUAAACGUGCUCGUAGCUGUUGCUGCCAAACUAGAACAUCAACGAUUGCUUGUGAGUUCCUCUACUAAAGAUUAAUACUUGUAGCAGUAUUGUAACAAGCUUUACACCAGAUCUCAAAUGUACAUUGUAUAUAUUAAGGCUUGCUAAUAUUGUCAGGCGUUCCCUUACUAGUAGUAGCACGAACGUAUGUAUACUCACCUUGUAUAGAUAUGUUUACGGUAGUAGAUGUGAUGUAUGAAGCGUCUACGACCUGCCGGGUGUACAUAUCAUGCACGCAGUGCUGUGGUUGGGUCGUUUGUUUAGGGUACGUCUGCUGAAAACACACAUGCACGCAGACACACAUUGACAGCAAUAUGCAUUGACAGCACCAUAUUGCUGUCGUCUUGGAUCGACUGAUCUGUAGUUGCCAGUAGGCCGACUGAAUGAAUGAAUGAAUGAGGGUCACUUUCUACUCGAGCAGGCAUAGUGCUGGUUGGCAUUACCUGCAAUUCAUGGGAAGAAUGAUUCCAUUUUUUCUUUAUUUCUAUGCCUUUCGCUCCACCACAGAAUCAGCUCUGUAGGUAGUGGUUGGGGGCAGCCUAGCUAUACUUCUUGUGUAUCCCUUUUGCUCACGAGCCCCUGUAUAAUUGGUGAAAAGAGCGGCAAUUUCCCGUCGCUGCUCUUCGUCUUCUAGUAUCUGCGUCCUUGACAUUCGCUUGUUUAUGAUUGCACUGUCAUGUGCAUACGACAUUUUCGUCUGUUCUACGAGAGCAAUUUUGUUUUUUAUUUAAUUCGUAGCGUCUUGAGGAAGGCGCAGUCAGCGUUAGCGUAUAUAUUCAAGUAUAAUAUAUAUAUGUAUGUAUAUGUGUAUCGUUUAUAGUUUAAUCGUAGCAUGUUAAUGCAUGUGCGUGCAUGCAUACAAGUGUAAAUAGAAUGAUGAUUAGGACAACCACACUUGAGGGUGCUGCUGCCACAAUGUUAAACAUAUGAAUAUAUCAGUUAUGACUUUUUACAAAAAAGUUUAUUUUUGUUGGACAAUCAUUAAUCAUGGUUAUAACUGGUGUUAUAUCAGGCCAGCUGGUUUCCAUUUGUAUAUUUCUUACGUACAUAAUUUUUUAAGUGCCCAAUAUAUGGUGUACUAUACAUAUAACUACCUUGUUUUUGUUUUUUAUUUUAUUACAAAAU